AUAGUGAAUGCAGGGUCAGGAAGACCAGAUAUAGUGAAUGCAGAGUCCGGGAGAGCAGAUAUAGUGAAUGCAGGGUAUAGACCAGAUAUAGUGAAUGCAGAGUCCGGGGAGACCAGAUAUAGUAAAUGCGGGGUCCGGGGAGAGAUAUAGUGAAUACGGGGUCCGGGGAGACCAGAUAUAGUGAAUGCGGGGGGGAGACCGGAUAUAGUGAAUGCGGAGUCCGGGGAGACCUUAUAUAGUGAAUGCAGGGUCCGGGGAGACGGAUAAAGUGAAUGCAGGGUCCGGGGAGACCAGAUAUAGUGAAUGCAGGGUCCGGGGAGACUGGAUAUAGUGAAUGCAGGGGUCCGGGGAGACUGGAUAUAGUGAAU